AUGGUUAGUGGCCAGAUCGAAACAUACACCCCACCACCAAGAACAUCAGACAACAAACCAAUCGAGUCGAACGGAAUUAUUUACUAUCUGGAUUAUAUCCCGAAGCGAUGUCAAAAUCCUUACGUGAGGACUUUCCCUUUUGGGGGCAUUGUUGAUAGACCUAUAGCAUUAUUGAAAAGACAGAGUCCUCAUCGAAUUGGGAAAUCGAUUGAAAUAUCCCCCAAAGGAUGUUUGUUUAUCGAACCUGGAUGUAGAUUGGAAUUCGCACCUGGUGAAGGAAUCAUUGUCAACGGUACUCUAAUAGCCAGGGGCAGCGAAGAACCUGGUGGUCGAAUAAUUUUCACCAAAGAUCCUAAUGCCAAGGUUAAGCCAACAGAUACUUGGAGAAAUGAUGCACGUCUUGUGGAUGGCAAUUCUACUAUGGAUGGAAGAUUGGAACUUUUUUAUCAGAACAAGUGGAGAGGUGUCUGCACAAAUUAUAUUAAUUUCACAGAGGCUGAAGCAAAUAUCACCUGUCGUCAUCUUGGUUUCCGAAAUGGGAAUUUUACUUACCAUUCUUUCUCCUGGAAUCUGACUGACUAUCUCCUCUUUGAGCGACCUCGAUGUGCUGGGCAAGAAAAUUCCUUGACAGAAUGCCCCGGCUGGUUAAAUAUAAAAAUUGGUCCCCAUGUGUGUGAUGGCCAGCAGACAAUUGGUUUUGAAUGUGAAGGCUUAAGAUCUGGUCUUGCACUUGAUCAUUGGAGAGGAAUAGAAUUCUACAAUUCAUCAACAGAAGAGUACAUUGAUGAUAGAACCAGUACAAAAUUGGUGGCAUCUGAUUCCAGCAUCUGGUAUGCUGAUAUUGAAUACGCUGGGCUGGAUACAUUCCGGGAGGGUUCCAGUGGGAUCUAUCAUCCAUAUGCCUCGCUCAGUGCUAGUCCAUAUGUUCCCAACCUGGACAAUGUGACCAUUCAAUAUGGUGCCUAUGAUGCCCUUAACUUUACCUACAUUCUAGGGAAUAUCACUGUUCAAAACUGUACGAUAUAUAAAAACAGAGGUCAUGGUGUGCUGAUAAAAUCUACCAUUGGAAAAGCUAUGAUAACAAAAACUAAGAUUAUGAACAACUGGGGAGAUGGUGUCAAAUAUUACACUGUUAAUUUGACCACACAAGCCAACUAUGAAAAAAUGUUUAAGCGUUCAUACUUUUUCUGUAGCCUUCCAAGAAUUGGAAUUAGACGAUACCCUCUAUAUAUACCUGAACAGGUUGCGCAUAGUGUAGAUGAUGUAGCUGUUCCAGGUUGUACACAGGAAAUUGAAACCCGAGCAGGCAAUGUCUUGACAAUACACUUUGUCUUGUUAGAAGCUGAUCCUGGAUCAAUUGCAGAGCUUGUGAUCAGUAAUUCAAGAUAUGGAGACAUCAUCCAGACAGUUCCAAUACGAAAUGGUAGUUAUCCUCAGUCUAUCACAACAACCUCAUCAAAGGUCUACAUUAAUUUUAAUCUAAUAAGACGAGGAAAUUGCCGUUAUUAUAAAUGGUGUGUCCGGUUCCUCCUGCUCUUUUCCAGUGGAAACAGCACAGAUAUCGAGCUUCAUGUUACUGAGUCUGUUGUGUCUGGGAACAAUCACCAUGGAAUUUCUGUACAAGACAUGCGAAGUAAAAUUGUUGUCAACUCUUUUUAUGUUUGUGAUAAUGAAUACGAAGCUGGUUUACGUGUUUUUCAAGGUGCUGGCCAUGUUGUGUACUUUCCUGCAUUGAGAAAUGACCGACUCUAUGAUGAGUUUACAAUAAUUGAUCCCCCUCCAAACCUGGAGAAUACGUUCAUUCGUAAUAAUGUCCUUGGUGGUGAACUGAAAAAAAAGUUGACCUUAGAUGCAAAACGCUAUCGGGUUGACAAAGAUAUCUAUAUUGAACCAACUGGCUGGUUGGAUAUACCUCCAGGAGCAGUGCUAGAAUUUGAUAAUUCUAUUGGAAUGGUAAUUUAUGGAACUCUUGUGGCAGAUGGGAAGCAAAGACAAUGGGUGGAAUUUGUCUUACAAGAUGAUUUUGAAUCUGUUGUUGAAAAUUUGACUUUUCCUGUGAGACUAGCAGAUGGCAAGGAUUCUCUUGAGGGACGUGUUGAGGUAGAAAUUGACGGUGAAUGGGGCACUAUCUGUAACAAGGGCUGGACUGAGCAAAACUCUGUGAUUGUGUGCAACCAGAUGGGUCUUAUUUAUAAUCCAAGGUUCGGGCAGGCUGAAAGGAAGCAGGAAACCACUUCACUUAAUAUUGUCAUGAACUGGGUUGCAUGUGAUGCUGAAGAUGUUGAUAUUACAAAAUGUAAAGCCCAACUACAGACAGAUGAUCCAAUAGGCUGCACACAUGAAGAAGAUGUCUACCUUCGUUGUCAGUUGGCAACUUGGUCAGGUGUGACAAUCCCAGCCAUUCCGAAAGGGGGACUAAUUAAAGAGACACAGAUCCGCACCCUGAAGAUUGACAAGGCUGGCCUUCUGGACCACUCCAAAAUGUUCUUCUCACCAGCUCUACGCAUCGAUUACAAUUACUACGAUAUAACGAAUGUCACAGUAUUUUAUCAGGCCGGUUCGCUUUUGUCGUACUUAGAGGUGGCUUUCCCUAUUACUGUGCCAAAUGCGCUGACGGUCCAUAUCCAUGCCUCCAUGGCUGAUCGAGAAUAUGGUUUCAUUGCGGAAGUUGUCAAUGAAAUGUUUGGAACCAGUUCUGAAAGUAAAAAUAAACAUAUCAUAAAGAAUGCUGCAAUGGAAAGGAACGAAGAUGGCGCUAUCCAAUAUCAGAAUGUUGGAGAAGUCAAUCCGUCUGUUUAUAUCCAGUCUUGUUCUGUGAAAAGUAACGGUGACAACAACUCAACAGCUCUUUAUGAAUCGACUAUCAAGGUGGGCAAUGGAAUGCCAAGAUUUGUGAAUAAUUAUUUGGUAAAUCCAGACAAUGCUUUUGAACUUGAGUCUGCUGUUAUUACAAAAUUUGCAGAUGGCAAACCUAUCAAUGCCACAGAAAAUUGGUGGGGUUCUAUUGAACAAUGGUAUAUUGAAGGAAAAGUCCGAGACUAUUCAAACAACAAAUCCUUAACACCUGUAAUGUAUACUCCCUACAAAAUAAGUGCCGCAACUGUCAUUGAAGGUGAAUGUCCAGCUGGUUGGUUAUUGGAUAACAGCCGAUGCUACAAGUACUUUGGGGGAGUGCAGAAUUAUUAUGAUGCCUUAAAUUACUGUAACGAACUUGGUGGUAAUUUGGCAGAACCAAAAGACCGAGAAUUGUUCUUCCAGAAAUUAGUUAUUGAAUCAGAGAAUUACUAUAAUUUGAAAAAACGUGUCUGGGUCUAUACUCCUCAGAGUCCAGGAUUGUGUUCCGUUUUUCUUGGUGACUUUGUCAGUACGGAAAAUGACUGUACACAUCUACUUUAUCCUUUCAUAUGUGAAAAAGAUCCAAUCAUCACGGCAAAUCCUGUGAACCUGGCCAUUAUCAUUUCAGCCUCUGUCUUCAGCAUCCUCAUCAUUAUCAUCCUUAUUAUUUCUGCCUUUUGGUAUUUCAAAUCCAAGCAGAGAAAAGAUCAGCACUUCGAACGGAGAAAUUCUCUUCGCUCGUCUGUUCGUUCCAGAUCUCAAUUGACCAUGCUUUCAUCGCAUCCAUCUAGAUUGAACUACUUAGAAAGCCGAUCCAACAUCAGUGACAAUUACAUUAUUGGACAACAAACUCUGGAUGAUGCAAGUAUGGCAUCAGUUGAAAAAUCUAAAUAUAAUAGUUUUAUUACUGAUGCAACAGAAGUUUCUCCAAACUCAACACUGCAGCACAACCACAUGAAAAUCAACAAUAAUAUCCAGAUGAUAGAUUAUGAUGAUUUUGAGCCUAGUUUUACUGAUGAUGAACACAGUAUUGCUUCUGAUAUACAAACAGAACCAGAUCCUCGAACCCAUUCCAAUAUGGACAUAAUUAAUGCCGUCUGGAAUGAAAGGUCAAAAUCAGAUGAUGUGAUCUAUUCCAAUGUACCAUUUAGUAAUCAGGAUCGAAAGUUGAGCAAAAAUUCUUUGUAUAGUGAUGUUGCGUCUGAGCCUUUUGCUAAUGACCAACGACCAAUUCUGCCAGAAAAGAAAAUUCUAGCCACUGUGAAUGAACCACCGUCACCACCCCCACCUUUAGAAGAUUACAAACCUUCGAAAAGACUCUUAAAUUUGACCAAGAACAUCAAUAAAUAUCCAGUAACAACAAAACCAAGCUCUUUGGAAAGUCUUUCUGGACAAGGUUUGUCCAAAGAAAUCCAUCCUAAUCCUCUACCGAAAGAUUCUUAUCUUGAGAGACUUGCAGAGAACAGGGAACCAUCACCAGCUCUUUCUGUAAGAUCACGGGGGAGUCAGGACAAUAUCGGUGAUAUACUUUCAGCCGCUGAAAGGUGUAUACCUCCUCCAUCAAGGAUAUCCGCAUUCCCAAGUCAAGACAGUCUUUCUCGUACUAAUGAACACUCUCCUCAGCAGUACCAUGAUUUUAUUGACUCUGAAGACCUAGAGCCUGGCAUUGGCUACAUGCAACGAAGCACAUUUGACAGAAGCAGUCGCGACCGUAUUGAUGCUGAUUACCUGAAUACACGUUCCCGAAGCCCCCACCCUGCAAAUCUUAGGGGUAGCAGAGAGAACCUUGACAUGCCUUCUUCUACAGUACCUAAAUCAAAACCUAUGGUCAGACAAACAGUUACUCCUCAUAGCAGUCAAGAGUACUUGGAUGAGGAUAGAUAUUAUCAGCCUUCCCCACGGGGUAGUCGUGAUGAUCUUCGAGACACUGGGACGAGGUAUAUGGCAAGACCUCCAGUUUCUCAGAAACCUGCUACAGCUCCAAGAUCCAGACCAAAUCAUUCAGUACAAAGAACUCAGCCUUUAGAAACAGAAAUUCUUUGA